UUAAGAAAGUCGAGAACCUUCUACCACCAUCCUUGGACUAGUAGCCUCUCUCUAAAUACCUAUUGCCUUUAUCACAUUUGCAAUUGCAAAGCUUUGCACUCUCCAAAUCCAGUUUCUGAGCAAUGGCAGCGAGGCGACUGAUCCCCACUCUCAACAGAGUUCUCGUGGAGAAAAUUGUUCAGCCGUCCAAAACCACCGCCGGAAUUCUCCUCCCUGAAAAAUCAUCCAAGUUGAACUCUGGUAAAGUGGUUGCAGUUGGACCUGGGCUACGCGACAAAGCAGGGAAUAAUAUCCCAACUGCUGUGAAAGAAGGCGACACCGUUCUCUUGCCGGAAUACGGCGGCACCCAAGUGAAAUUGGGUGAAAAAGAGUAUCAUUUGUUCAGAGAUGAAGAUAUAUUGGGCACUUUGCAUGACUAAUUGGGGAAUUUGUUCAUGCGAAUUCUCAGUUGAGGUCUGAUGUGGGAAUUUGGUUUUGCUAUUUCUAAGUCUAGUUGUUCUGCUACUUUUUCAAUUGUACAACUGAUUGAGACUGUUGCUAUUAUCUCUUUUCAAAUCUAAGGAUAAUUCAUUUAA